AUGCCCAACAUCAUCACGACGUUCAUCAAGACGCUCUCGUCGAGGUCGGCGAGGUCCAAAGGCUCAGCCGCCUCCCGAACCUCGCCCGUUGGCUCGGCCGAGGCCGCCCAGAGCCAGGGCGCCGUCGUCCGGAAGAUCUCGGCCCCCAAGAAGCGUCGAGUCAGCUUCUCCAAGGUCUCGUCCUCGCAGUCGUCCCAGGUCCGUCGCCGCCGCUCGGUUUCCAAGCAGAGCGACGACACCCUCGUCGACUCCCAGAAGCUGCCCAUCGCCUCGCCAUGCGUCGAUUCCGACCUUGAGGACUUUCGGUUCUUGCAUCCGUCGUCGUUCGACAUCCAUCUCGCCGCGAUCGAGGGCAUCCAUGUCUCGUUCGUGGAGGCCAUCAACAUCCUGCUUGCCCAAGUCGCCAGAAGCAAGCAGCGCCGCCGCGAGCUGCCACCGCCGCCGCAGCCCUACUACGAGCCCAUCUCUGGCUACAUCCGCAUGCGCAUCGAUGAGGAGGUGUUGGUCUAUCUCCUCAUCGAGCGCAAAAUCUCCCGGCAGAUUCCGCUGCUGCACCAAGUCUUGCUCUCUGACCUCGUCAACCAGAUGGUUGCUGCGGACGCAUCCAUCGUCGAGACCCUGGAACGCCGCAAGGACAUUUACCGUCUGUGGCCGCAUCUGCGCCGUCACUUUCUCUGCGCCCCUGCUGUCCCGUCCGGGCCAGCCCAGUCAAGCGAUUCUCUGGCACCAGGCACAGCCCGUCCGUCGGAGACGGUGCUGCCAUCCCUCGCAGCGGUGUCUCCUUCGCCGCCUGUCCCGACAGCAACCUCUGCCCCAGAGUCGAGCCCGGCCGCGACCAUCGCUGCCAAGCCAUCUCCAUCCAACGAAUCCGUGGGCGGACCCAUCUUCCAGUUGGCUCAGUCGAUAAGGCAGCGAAGGUCGUCAAGGAUUCCGUCGCCCCUGCGCAACGCUGCGUUUUCGGAUGAGGAGCUGCUUCUGAUUCAGUUGGUGGAACUGGAAAGCUGGUAA